AUGGCUGCUUUUAAUCUACAGGUGUCGGGCCUGGACGGACAGGUCGUUGACGUGGCCGUGCAGGAGCGCUGCACUGGCCGGGAGCUGCUGCAACAUUUGCGGCCCCUGGUGGGGAAGCGGGGUUGCCUGCUUCGGCUGCUCGGGGAUGAGGAAUUAGACCUGGACAGUGACGUGCACCAGCAGCUGGGGAAGAGGCGGCAUAUCUCCUUCCUGCAGGUGCCCUGCAAUGCGUGGGAGGCGUGGAAAACUCUGCGGGGCGUGGAGUGCAAGGAUCCCAGCCGAUCCCUGGAGGGAGUCACCGAGAUCCGCUACGAGAUGACUGCAGUGGAUGUGCUGGAGCACGUGUGUCUGCCGAGUACCUUGGAGCGCCUGAGCAUCGGGGGACGAUUCAAUCAGGCCUUGACAAGGGUGGCUCUGCCGGAGAACUUGCUGUGCCUCACUCUCGGGGGCAACUUCAAGCGAAGCCUCGAAAAGGUGGCUCUCCCAUGUCGGCUCCAGAGCCUAGCGCUGGGGGAUUUGUGGAACCACAGCCUCGAGAACGUGAGCCUGCCGGAGCUGUGGCACCUGCGACUGGGCGCCAGCUUCGACCAGAGCCUCGCAAGCCUCGCGGCGCCCAAGCUCCGAAGCCUCAGGCUGGGGGAGAAGUUCAAUCAGGGACUGGAGAACCUGUCCUUCCCCAAUCUGGAGACCUUGGAGUUCGGGGACAGCUUUAAUCAGCCCAUGGAUCUACAUCUCCCGCGGCUUCUGCACUUGACCUUUGGGGCGCGCUUCAACCAAGGCCUGCAUGCCGAUCUUCUGCCGCUGCUCGAGCGGCUGAAAUUCGGGCAUGACUUCAACCGGAGCACUGACCUACCACCAAGCCUUCAGCACCUGGAGUUCGGGUACUUCUUCCAGCAGAGCUUGGACAAGGUGCGCUUUCCCAGCUCCCUCCGAAGCCUUUGCUUCGGGCACAGCUUCGAUGGGAGCCUGGUGCACGCGACGUUCCCGGAGCACCUUGAGCACUUGACCUUCGGGCACAGGUUUGAUCAGAGACUGCAGGGGCUGCCGUCGGGGCUGCGGCAGCUGACGCUGGGGGCCAACUUCAAUCAGAGCCUCGGGGAGGUGUUGCCCAGGAGUCUGCAGGUCUUGACCUUCGGCUUUCGUUUCAACGAGAGCCUGGAUGCAGUUCUUCUGCCCGACGGCCUGGAAGAUUUGUCCUUCGGUUGGAGCUUCAACCAAAGCUGCGAGAACGUCAAGUGGCCGGUGAAGCUUCGGCGCCUGAGCUUCGGGGCCAACUUCAACCAGCCCUUGGUGCUGCCGGGAGGUCUCGAGACCUUGGUCUUGGGGGAGAACUUCAAUCAACCUCUGCAAGGAGUGAACUUCCCGCGCCUGAAGCACCUGACCUUUGGGUACCGCUUCGACGAGACUUUGGAAAACGUGGGCUUGCCCAGCCUAGAGAGCCUCACCUUUGGGAGCUUGUUCAACCGCCCCUUGGAGGCGGUGGAGCUCCCUCAAAGCCUGCGGAGCCUCGCCUUCGGGGACCGCUUUAAUCAGCCGCUGGAACACGUGCGCCUGCCUGGGCGGCUGGAGCACUUGGUCUUCGGGGGCAAGUUCAAUCGGAGCCUGGACCAGGUGCGGCUUCCCCAGUCUUUGAAGCGCCUGAGCUUCGGGGAGAAGUUCGACCGGCCGGUGGACCAUCUGCCGCAGUCCCUUGAGGUCCUCCACUUCGGGGAGGACUUCAAUCAGAGCCUCGACUGCCGCCUGGACUCCUUGGUCUCCUUGAGCCUUGGGGAGAACUUCGACCAGAGUCUAAGCUCGCGCCGGCCUCGGGCCUCGGGCCUUGGGCCUCGCAAGAAUUGGUUGGACCUACAGGAGCUGACGUGGGAAUGGGGGUGUUGCCCGUCACCGUGGAGUACGAUCGGCGACUCGGAGAGCUGGAGCAGAGCGUGGCAAGCCUCCACAAGAAUCACGAGGAAGCGCGGGAUGUCAUGGUGUGCCAAAAACGGGAGCGAGUCUUCUUCGAAAGACAGGGUUGGCACCGUGGAGAAAAGGCCGAAGAAUGUGGCGAUGCUGAAGCGGCACGUGGCAUCAAUGUCCCGGGAAGAACUGUUCAGUACCUGGAGCGCAACGGCAAAGGAAAACGACUUUCGAAAGCAAGUACUGCGGCCAGCGACAGGGAUUGACUGGGUGUGGUGCCAGCUGCCGAGCCUCCGUCACCUGAACUUUGGCAGCCGCUGCGUGGAGAGUUUGGUCUCCGCACGGCUGCCACAUCUACAGACUCUGGUUUGCCGCCACUCGGGCUACAUCUUUGAGCAGUGCAUGGAACGUGCUGAGCCCUUUUGCCGACUGCUGCACCUGGAGUGCGGCGACAUCUCGGUGGGCUGCGCGUAA